GGGUGGUAUGGUUCUGAUUAGUGAUGUAAGGGGGGUGUAAUGGCACAAACCUCAGUCUCCACCAAUGGAAAUAUGGGCAGGGCUCAACACCCAUUUUCGUGGAUCUUCUAUAAAACGGCGUAAAACAUCCCAUACUGUUCAUUUUGUGUAAGAAUAAUUAACCUGCACCGCGGCUUUUCUGGAGAGACUUAUUGAGACCCGUUGAAUUUAAAAUGACUUCUAGGAUGGAUAACAAGUCUUACUUGGUUCAGAUGAAUGGGAAUGGAGUCCAUGGCAAAAGCACUGUCAAUGGCAAAAGCCUGAAUGGGAGUGGAGUCAAUGGGAAGGGGGUACACGGGAACGGCAUCCACCACGUCAGUGUGAAUGGCAGUUUGUAUCCGGCCAAAGCCAAGAGCCGCAGGCAGAGAUGGGAAGUGAAGCCCUCAGAAAUGGCCAACAACACGCUCAAUCCCAUCAGAGCCAUCGUGGAUGGGAUGAAGCUGACUCCUAACCCGGAUAAACCCAUGAUCGCGCUUUCCAUAGGCGAUCCCACUGUGUUUGGAAACCUGCCCACUGAUGGUCAAGUGCUGCAGGCCAUGAAAGACGCCAUAGACUCCCAAAAAUAUAAUGGCUAUGCUCCCUCCGUUGGCUAUCUGAAGAGCCGACAGGCGGUGGCCAACUUCUACAGCUGCCCUGAGGCUCCACUGGAGGCUGAGGAUGUGAUUUUGACCAGUGGCUGCAGUCAGGCCAUUGACCUGGCUAUCAGUGUCCUGUGUAACCCAGGGGACAACAUCCUGGUCCCAUGCCCAGGCUUCUCCUUAUAUAAAACUCUGGCUGUGUCCCUGGGCAUCGAGGUCAAACUCUACAACCUGCUGCCAGAGAAGUCAUGGGAGGUUGACCUGCAGCACAUGGAGAGCCUGAUCGACGAGAGGACAUCCUGUCUGAUUGUUACAAACCCAUCCAACCCGUGUGGCUCUGUCUUCAGUAAGGAGCACCUGCAGAAAAUCCUCAAAGUGGCCUCUAGACACUGCGUUCCCAUCCUGGCUGAUGAGAUCUACAGUGAUAUGGUUUUCCCAGGGUGCAGUUGUCCCUCCAUGGCAUCUCUCAGCAGUGACGUUCCCAUCCUUGCUUGUGGUGGCUUGGCUAAGCGCUGGCUGGUACCUGGUUGGAGGUUGGGAUGGAUCCUCAUACAUGACAGGAAUGAUAUAUUUGGAUCCAAGAUCCGACAGGGUCUGGUGAAACUGAGCCAACGUAUUCUGGGAGCCUGCAGUAUUGUCCAGGGUGCCCUGGAGAGCAUCCUCAACAACACACCUCAAAGCUUCUACAACAACACCAUCAACUUUCUGAAGACCAACUCUGAGAUUUGUUUCAGUGAGCUGAGCACCGUCCCUGGCCUGAACCCCGUCAUGCCUUCAGGAGCCAUGUACCUCAUGGUGGGGAUUGAUAUGGAUCACUUUCCAGAUUUUAAGGAUGAUGUGGAGUUCACUGAACGGCUGGUGACCGAGCAGUCUGUCUUCUGUCUGCCUGCCACAGCCUUUGAGUAUCCGAACUUCUUUCGCAUUGUGGUGACAGUGCCAGAGGAAAUGAUGGUUGAGGCUUGUGGUCGGAUUAGGGAGUUUUGCCAGCGCCACUAUCGGCCCCUCAGCCGCGACAGCAAUGAUCUGGACCAGUAAUGCUGCAGAGCUGGACCAGCCUGACUGAGCCUUGACAACAGAAAAACUGUCCUUUGUCACAUAUACUGAGCUGGAAUCAGCUUUGAUUUUUUUUCCAUUGUGUUAUAAUCUAAAGUCGAAAACUGUUAAUAUUAUGUCAUAAAUGUGGCGACAAAGAGCUUGGACAUGGCAACAUAUCUGAUGGUCCAUUGAUAAUGUAAUUUUUAAUGUGAACCGUUUGAAAUAAGCAGACCUAAUAUUUAUAUUUUAUACAGGCAACUUGUAUUAACCACUUCUUGUGUACUUAGUGUAUUUAUAUAAUUUGUGUAAUGCUUUGUAUGCCUAUGUAAUAUAACCUCUUUGAUAUCAACUGCAGGAUCGUAAACUAUGCACAUCAGCUGGCUUCUUCGCUGCCACAAAUAGGGAAAGUGAAUAUAUACAUUUGAAUAUACAUUUUUCUAAACUUCAUAUAUUAAUAAUCUUCUGCAUACUUUGCUUGUGCUGGAAAACGACUUAGUGUAGUUUUAGUCUGCAUUAAUAUGCUCGUUAUUAGAACAUUCUCUGUAUAUUGUUCUUAAUUAUGUGUCUUAUUGAAUCAAUAUUAUAUAUUUUUACAGACACUAGUUUUUAUUAGGUAACUGAACAAACUGACCAAAUAAAAUCAUGUUGACAUGA